UGAUAAAGUCUUAGAAAACAUUUGCAUAUUCCAACAUCACCAUGCUAUAUAUAUAACAAAGCACCUCUGCCAAAUAUCCAAGCUCCAACAGAAUAGUACUAUAUUCUCCAUUUCAGAACACUCCAAGUUGCUAGGUGGUGAUGAUGGGGAGAACACCAUGCUGUGAUGAACGUGGUUUGAAGAAAGGACCUUGGACACCAGAAGAAGAUAGAAUAUUGGUGGAUUACAUUGAGAAACAUGGCCAUGGAAGUUGGAGAGCACUUCCAAAGCUAGCAGGAUUGAACAGGUGUGGUAAGAGUUGCAGACUUAGGUGGACUAACUAUUUAAGACCUGAUAUCAAAAGAGGAAAAUUCACUGAGGAAGAAGAACAAUCCAUCAUCAAUUUACAUGCUGUUCUUGGAAAUAAGUGGGCUACUAUAGCAGGUCAUCUACCAGGGAGGACUGAUAAUGAAAUAAAGAAUUUUUGGAACACUCAUUUAAAGAAAAAGCUUCUACAAAUGGGAUUAGAUCCAGUGACUCAUCGUCCAAGAAUUGAUCACCUUAAUCUAAUGUCUAAUCUUCAACAAAUUCUAGCUGCAAACAUUCUCAAUACUACUUUUCCAAACACUUUGGAUAAUGCUCUAAGGCUUCAAUCAGAUGCAACACAACUAGCCAAACUUCAAUUGCUUCAAAACAUACUUCAAAUUCAAAUCCUUGGUGCCAAUACUCCUAAUACUUCAAACUUAGAACUACUCAAUUCAUUUGGAAAUUCAUCUUCACCACUGCAAGAAAGUUUUCUAAAUGAACUUUUAGGAUUGAAUUAUCAAACUAAGUUCCAAAAUGUUUAUGAUGGAUAUUUUCCUUCUCAACAAAAUCAGACAAAUUUUCAAAGCUUUGAAGCACCACCUCAGAUGCAGCCACCUCAAAAAGUUGAUGAAUUAUCAUUUGAUCAUGCUACAAAUUCAUCUUCAACAACAACACCAUUAAAUUCACUUCCAAAUCUAGUUUCAGUUUCACCAGAAUGUUCUGCUGUUAAACAGAUCAAGGAAAAUAAGAGAAACCAAAAUGAGUGUUCCAUUUCCAAUUCAACUACCUUUGAAAUGUUGGGAGAUUUCAUGUAUGAAGAAGUAAGCGAUGUUUAUUGGAAAGAUCUCUUAGACCAAGAGUCUAACCAGUAACCGUAAUGGAGUGUCUCAUAAAGAAAACAGCACUAAAGAUUUAUAUAUCAUUGAUCUCUAGCUAGUUCAUAAUUAGGUGUUGGUUCAUAUGUGUUUCAUGAUGGAUUGAUUUUUGGAUUCAAAUUAUAAAAAGCUUCCAUUUGUAUAGAUGAGUUAUAUAUACAACAUGGAGAUUUUAGUUUAUUUUACAGAAUACAACUCUCUCAUGUAUUCAUUUUUUAUGUAUAAA